UCUCUCAGCUGAUGCGCGUAUCAACCGACCGACUCCAUCAUCAGCAUCCGACGCUGACAGCGGUCGAAGACAGCAUCCCUAAUAUUACGGACCCAUGGUAACAUCACAGAAUAAUUCAGAGCCCGACCGACCUGGACUGACGUUGCUGCUUUGUGACAAUAUUGUUUAUUGAGGCUGCCAUCUUACAAACCGCCGAGCUGCAAAAUAUGUGUGUGCCCCCACUACCUGCAUUAGGUUGUGAUGACCCACACUUCUUCCAAAUGUAUCUGUGACCCUCCCCAAUCCUGACUCCUAACCUCUAAUUCCUGACCUUUGACCCCCACUAUGGGCAGUGUUGGCAGUGGGGUGGCAGGAGAGCAGGAGUUUGCCAUGAAGUCUGUGGGCACGAGGACCACCCUUCCCCGGGCCCCUCCUCUCUCUCGCCGUUGCCCUGCCGACCGCAGCUGCAGCGCAGAGCGACUGCCCCGCCCCCCGGCGACUAUAUCAGACGGGACGGCUUCUAGCGAUGAACGAGGGAGUGUUAGUAUCGGGACUGGGACCUGUACCGGGACUGACCGGCCCACCGAAACAGCCUCCUCUACCAACACUGAAUGUACCAUGACCGCCCCGUCCAACAACAACCAGUUGGAGUGUGGCAACGGCAGGCGGGAGAGAGAGUGGGAGAGGGAGAGGGAGAGGGAGAGGCAGCGUGAGCGGGGCAGAGACAGGGACCGAGACCGAGACUGGGACAGAGAGAGGUUAGAGAGGGAGCGAGAAAGGGAGAGGAACCGGGAGAGGGAGCGGGAACGAGUGGAGAGGGAGAGGCUGGAGCGAGAG